AUGUUCUCCAAGUUCACCACCAUCCUCGCUGCUGCUUCUGCUGCCCUGGUCUCUGCCGGCCCUCUCCCCCGUGGUGACUCCGGCUCUGCCAGCAUCACCCCCCACGACCAGUACUCCAGCAGCAUUGGAGUUCUCGGCUGCAAGAUCAACACCAACCGCGUCGCCUACUGGCCCGGUUCCGUUGACUGCAACAACAUCUGCGUCAAGGUCUCCCACGAGGGCCGCUCUGUCUAUCUCCUCAAGAUCGACUCCUCCGGCGGUGCUCACGACAUCUCCUACGAUGCCUGGAACUACCUUGGCUUCGGCGAGUCUGCCACCAAGGACCCCCAGGAGGGCGGUGGCAUCGCCAUGGACUACGAGUAUGUCCACGCCUCCAAGUGCAAGGACAUCCUCGACAAGGGCAAGCUCCCCCUCGCCGCCGCCAACUCCAUGAAUUACGUCGCCUCUUGCCUCAGCGAGCCCAAGAGCUGGGUCGCCCAGAACUACGUGCUCUACAACAUCAACGACCCCGUCUGCAAGUACGGUGUUAACGAGAAGUGCCACCUCAACCUUGCCGUCAGCAACCAGCCCGAGUGCCCCAGCGGUCUCGGCUCCGUCAAGGAGCUCAACCUCAAGGUCGAGAACAUCCUCUACGGCUCUGGCAAGAAGGUCGCUGCUCAGUAG